GUGGUGGUGUGUUUCGCACCUCACAGUUCUUCAGCUCGAUGUGGCACUAGACUAAUUCGCUUUUAAUAUUUGUAUAUCCCAUAGAAGAGCUGUUCGAAGUUGUGGGUGCGGUUAAGUUAGUGUUGUCAUGAAUGCUUGUCGGAAGAAGGGUCGUUUAUCCUUCUUCAUACGAGCUGAAAUCGAACCGAAAAAUCGUUCAGGCGUAAACUCGCUACAGUAUGAUCCGUGUACAGACAGACUGUUUACUGCUGGGCGGGAUUCCAUUAUCAGGGUUUGGAACACUAAAAGGCAAUCGGAUCCUCUUGUGCAUACCAUGGAACAUCAUGCUGACUGGGUUACAGACAUUGUACUAUGUUGUGGUGGCAAAAAUCUCAUAUCUGCCUCAAAUGAUACGACAGUGAAGGUUUGGAAUGCUACAAAAGGAUUUUGUAUGUCUACUCUGGGUACACACAAAGACUAUGUUCGAGUGCUUGCCUACGCCCAACAUCGUGAGGAAGUUGCUAGUGCUGGUCUAGAUGGCGCAAUAUUUUUGUGGGAUAUAAGAACACUUACAGCACUUACACCAACUAAUAAUACAGUUGAAACUCGUCCACUGACAACAAAUGAUGAAAGUACAUAUAGCUUAGCUAUGAAUCCAUCUGGGACAGUCAUUGUAGCUGGUGGUCCUUAUAAAAGAAUAUGGGUAUGGGAUCCUAGAUCACGUAGUAAACCUUUCGACUUACGAAGUCAUACUGAUAGUAUACGUGCACUUGCUGUUCGACCAAAUGGUGAAGAGAUUAUUAGUGGUAGUUCUGAUGGAACAAUUAAAAUAUGGUCACUUGGUAUGCAACGAUGUACAGAUACCAUUCGCACACACAGUGAAAGUGUAUUCACAUUACAGGUGAAUAACAAUUGGUCAACUGUUUAUUCCGCUGGUAAAGAUCGUAAGAUUUGGGCUACUGAUUUGCAUAAUCCUGGUAAUUCUACAUUAAUUGGCGAAGAGACGGAUCCAGUCUUAAAGCUCCUAUUACAUGAAGGUAGAAGUCAGUCAUUUUUAUGGUCUGCAACAUGUAAUACAAAUGUGUCACGUUGGCUUAUUAAACACCAUGCUACUGGAAUAUGUUCUCGACCAAUUGUAGAUCAUGAACAUUAUUCAUAUCAUUGUGAGAAUAAUACUGAUAUAGAUCAUGCUAGUACAGAGAAAUCUAUUCCCAUGUCUAAAUGCUCUGAAUUUGUAUCCAAUCCAAUUUUCGUUUCAUUGCCAUCUAAUGCUCACAAUAAUAAUAAUAGCAGUAAUGCUCUUUCAGAUGUUUUCAGUCAUGAUCCUGAUCACAGUUCCUUACCUAUGGACAAUAAUAAUGAUAAUAACAAUAUUGAUAAACACAAUUCCUCAUUAUCUUCAAAACCUGAUUUCGUCAUAAAAGGUGGAUCACCAAUUGUACAGUUUCAUAUAUGCCCUGAAAAACGUUUUAUAUUAACAAAAGAUAAUGAAGGUAUAGUAGCUGUAUAUGAUGUUUUAAAAGCAUCAAUGAUUGAAUGUUUAGGUGUUGUAUCAUUUGAAGAAGAAAUUAAGAAACGUGAAAAACUUAUUUAUGUUCCAAAUUGGUUUAUAGUAGAUUUAAAAUGUGGAAUGCCAAUUAUUCAUUUGGAUGAAGGUGAUUGUUUGUCAGCCUACAUAAAUGCUUCUGAUGCUGGUCUGUUAAAUGAAUUCAAUGAUCCCAAUUAUUGUUAUGAUACUAAAAUUAAUUACGGCUUUGUAUUACUCAGAUCAUUAUUUACUCGUCGGUUAGCUGCAUCCUCAAGUAAUACUAAUACUAGUAAUAAUGGAAACAAUAUAGAUAAUGUGCGCAACGAUUUGAAUGCAGAUCAAAUUUUAGAAAUUCCUGGACAUACACCAAUUAUUUUAAGUGAUGGAAGUGGUCGACCACUUGAUCGAUUUUUAGCUCGUGAUGCUUCUUCAUUUAGUGUACGAUUAAGACGUUGUAAUCCAGAACCGAAAUGGAUUAUGGAAGUUGUAGAAUCUUGUAAACUACCUAAACCAGUUCGUAUAGCGUUUUGCCUCGUUCCUGGUGUUAUUGAAGUAGACAGUCAAGGUCAACAGCGUGUUGUACCAAUGAAUUCAUUAAAACGAGACUCAUUAGCUGCUAAUGAUGUUUUAUUAAUACGUAAAGUUAUGGAACAUGUAUUUCAACGUUUAUAUAAACUAGCGGAUACAUUAACCAUGAACGGUACGUUAUCUAGUCCACCAUCACCUAGAUCCACAAGACAAAAUGAUGAUACUGGUCAAGCUGUUCCGCCUAAAUCAUCAUCUUAUUGUGAUACAACUUCCAAUCCUCAAACGCCUGUAAUGGCACCAUUAAAUCUUCCACCUGAAACAUUACAAAUUGAUUUAGCUAGAAUAAUAGCGACAGCUUCAUCAAAUAUUCCUCAACCUGAGAAUAUUAUUGAGAUAUGGUGUGGUGAUCAGUGUCUUGAUCCUAAUAUGAAUUUACGCAGUGCUCGUCAUUUCUAUUGGAAACAGUCAGGUGAUUUGGUGUUAAGUUAUUUAGUUACCAAAGAAAAUAAUACUGGUAACAAUUAUGCUACUACUAAUACUAUUGAUAGUAAUAAUAAUAAUUCUAUUUCAUCAUACUUAACCAACAGUCUACAUAAUCCCACGACUGUUACUUCAAUUACUACUAGUAUUCCUUCUGCUAACAUAAGGAAAGAGGAUAAUAUCAACAAUUUCAAUGGGAACGGGACAGAUAGUAACAAUUUGAAGAAUGAGCAUCGAGAAACCACUAGUGUCGCAUCGUCAUCAUCUUCAUCAAUGAGUAUUCAUAAUUGAUAUUAUUAUUAUUAUUGCUACCGGCAACCACAACCCCAUUUCACUUUUUUAAAUAUCACAACACCAUGAAUAAUUGGUGAACGGCUGAAUCACCGAGUACCAAGGAUUCAACCUGAGAAUAUAUAUAUAUAAAGAGAGAGAGAGGGGGGACUAAACACAACUCAAAUGUAUUACACGAGUAGAUAAUUCUAUCAGCACAAUAUUAAAUAAAUCUAUACCUUUACAUUUAUAUGUGUUUGUGUAUGUAUGUAUGUAUGUAUAAAUUGUUUUUUGUAAAUUUAUCUUGUUUCGUUUAUCUGUUUGUUUUGUUUUGUUUGCACACACACACACAGACACAUACACACAUUUGUUAUAUAAUGUAUAUGUGUAAUAGUUAGUGUCUUUCAUAAUUAAUUCAUUUUGUUGAUUUGUUUUUACCCUUCAUCUUAUCCCAUUUUCAUCAAUUAUUAUUAUUUUGUUUUGUUUAUUCUAUCAUUCUAACACUAUUUACCAUUGAUUUCAUCAUCAUACAACAAAUGUAUGGUAGGUGUUCAUAUGUAUUAAGAAUAUAAGUAGUAUAAUAAAGCACUAAGAUAUAACAAACAAAAAAAAAGAGAACAGACAACACCCAUUAUUUACAGUGUAACAUUAAAUAAAUUAGAAAAGAAAUUGCCUAUUUUUUUGGGAGGGGGGAAUUUUUGAUCAUUCAACCAUACAUAGUCACACACACACAAACACGCAUAUAUAUAUAUAAAUUGAUUUUUGUCUCUCUAAAUUGUAUUCUUGUAUAUUGAUUGAAAUGUAAUAGAUGUUCAGAAUCAUUGAACAGAGGAAUAAAUGUUCAUCUACCAGUG